AUGAAUGUGUUGUGGUCUGGUUCACUCGCUAGUUUGCUCAUGGCGUCCAUUGUCAGUGCUCUAUUCAACCGGAGUAGCAGUACCUGGCGAGCCGUUACGGAAAUGGGAUCCACACUCUCCAAUCUCGGCACAUUUUCGUCAUCUUCCAUCCCCGGGCCAAGAAAGCGAACGAUCAGGAUUCUCCCCAAUACCGUGCAACAAGUUCAUGUAGUAAUAUUGGUACACGGUUGGAUGGGAAACCCAUCGGAACUUGCAUAUCUUCAAUCGACAAUGGAGCGACAAGCGUCCACAAUAGAAGCAGACGACCCAGCCAUAAUAUUUUAUGUACACAGCGCCGAAGCGAACGAUGGGCGAACAAGUGACGGAAUUGAAGCUGGUGGAAAACGACUGGCAGGCGAAGUGAAUAAAAUACUCUGCGACGCAAUGGAGAGUGAUGCAUCACGACGCGACGUAUCGCUCUCGUUUGUCGGGAACUCCUUGGGUGGUUUAUACGCACGUUAUGCGCUGAGCCAGAUUGAUGCUUUGCAACAGUGUAGCCUUUCCAACGAUAAAAUCUCCCAAAAGAGUUCCAGAGUCAUUCCCAGAGUCUUCUGCACCACAGCCACACCGCAUUUGGGAGUCAGCAGAUACACUUACCUGCCACUACCACGCGCGGCGGAGUACAUUGUAGCCAAAGUGCUGAAACCCACUGGUUUGGAUCUUUUUCGCUACACGGAAGUAAUUCAAAAUUUGGCGACCCAAAAAAAAUUUCUGGAUCCCCUCCGAUCGUUUGCCAAACGAAUCGCCUAUGCCAAUGCGUAUUCAACCGACUUCCAAGUGCCUACUGCCACAGCUGGAUUUUUGGCUGAUACUGACUCAACUCAUCGAAGGGUAGCUUUUCAAGAAAACUCCUCUUUCGUUGAGUUGAUCGUCGAGACGCCAAAGUAUGUGGAUGAUAAAUUCGAUAGCGGGGGUUCGGAUGAGUCUCCGGCCACUUGCGAAGACCUCUCGCGUCGUUUGGAUGCUUUGGGCUGGACUAAAGUAUUUUGCGAUGUGAGAGGGAGUCUCCCAUCGGUGCCGUUGCCUUUUCACACUAAAGAUGCCUGGAGCUCGGAUAGUGCGCACCGAUCAAAAACGUAUACGUCCCGGGAACUAUUGGCAUCUUUGGCGGGUCUGGAUUGGGGACGAUGGCAUGCUCCUUUCGGUCACACUGUGCUCGUAGCGAAUUCCAAGAACGACGUAUAUUCCAAGUUGAAUGCAGCGGGACAACCCAUUAUGGAUCAGCUCGCAUCUGAUUUAAUUCAAGAUAUCUUACGCGAAGAGUUAUAG